GUGAAAUUAUAUUAAACAUAUACAACAUAAAAUGAGUACCCAAAAGAAAAACGAUGCCAUGGGUUUUGUUAAAGAUUCAUUAAUUGGUGGUACCGCUGGUGGUGUCUCAAAGACCCUCGUUGCCCCAAUCGAACGUGUCAAAUUAUUAUUACAAGUUCAAUCAGCUUCAACUCAAAUUGCUGCUGAUAAACAAUACAAAGGUAUCGUUGAUUGUUUCGUUAGAGUUUCAAAAGAACAAGGUGUCAUCUCAUUAUGGAGAGGUAAUCUUGCCAAUGUUAUCAGAUAUUUCCCAACUCAAGCUCUUAACUUUGCUUUCAAAGAUAAAUACAAGAAAUUCUUCGUCCGUCACUCACCAAAAGAAUCACCAGUUAAAUUCUUCAUUGGUAAUUUAUUCUCUGGUGGUGCUGCUGGUGCCACUUCAUUACUCUUUGUUUACCCAUUAGAUUUUGCUCGUACUCGUUUAGCUGCUGAUGUUGGUACUGGUAAUGCCCGUCAAUUCACCGGUUUAGGUAACUGUAUCUCAUCCAUCUACAAGAGAGACGGUUUAAUCGGUUUAUACCGUGGUUUCGGUGUUUCAGUCGGAGGUAUCUUUGUCUACCGUGCUGCCUUCUUUGGUGGUUAUGAUACUGCUAAAGGUUUAUUAUUAAGCGAUCCAAAGAAAGCUUCAUUCUGGGCUUCAUGGGGUAUCGCCCAAGUUGUCACUACUAUCGCUGGUGUAGUCUCCUACCCAUUCGAUACUGUUAGACGUAGAAUGAUGAUGCAAGCAGGUCGUGCCGAUAUCUUAUAUUCAAGCACUUGGGAUUGUUGGAAGAAAAUCGCCACCAAAGAAGGUCCAUCAGCUUUCUUCAAAGGUGCUCUUUCAAAUGCUAUCAGAGGUUCAGGUGGUGCUUUAGUUUUAGUUAUCUAUGACGAAAUCCAAAAAAUGCUCGGUUUCGAAGGUGGUGUUGGUUCAGAAUAAACUAACUAGCUUAUAAAAUAUAAUAAAACAUAAAUACACACAAUAAAAUAAUUUAAAAAAAAAAAAAGUAAUAUAAUACAUUAUAAUUAUAAUAG